AGACACGCUGAUCCCCCCACGCCGCUCGGGACCUUUCCACCACUUUCCUUCCCCCUCACCCUGCGGCGGGCACCCUUGUCCCCCCUCUUCCCUGCGCUGCCCGCAGCCGGGAGCGGAGCGCGGCUCCGCGGGGCUGCGUCUCGAUGUCCCCCUCACUCCCGCCGCACAUCUGGCCGCCGCCCCGCCGCGGGGCAGCAUCUGCCGGCACAUCUGGGCGCGCGCGGCCCCUCCCCGCGGGCACAUCUGCCGGCGGCGGGGGGCGGCCCCGCGGCGGGGCGGGAGGAGCGCGGUCGGCGCAGCCCCGCCGCCGGCCGGGGCGGGCAGAGCCGGCGCGGCGCGGAGGGGAGCGGCGGCCCGAUGGGGCGGCCGGCCGGCAGCCUGGCCCCGCUCCGGCUGCUGCUGCUCCUGGCGCUGGGACACGGCUGGACCUACCGGGAGGAGCCGCAGGACGGCGACAGGGAGGUUUGCUCCGAGAACAAAAUCGCCACCACCCGGUACCCCUGCCUGAAGCCCACGGGAGAGCUCACCACCUGCUUCAGGAAAAAAUGCUGUAAGGGUUAUAAGUUUGUUCUUGGACAAUGCAUCCCUGAAGACUACGAUGUCUGUGCCGAAGCCCCCUGUGAACAGCAGUGCACAGACAAUUUUGGGAGAGUCUUGUGCACCUGCUAUCCUGGAUACCGCUAUGAUCGGGAGAGGCACAGGAACAGAGAGAAGCCUUACUGCCUGGAUAUCGAUGAGUGUGCCACAAGCAAUGGGACUCUGUGCUCUCAGAUCUGUGUCAACACCGUGGGCAGCUACAGGUGCGAGUGCCACGAAGGCUAUGUCCGGGAGGAGGAUGGCAGGACAUGCACCAAAGGAGAUAAAGUUGGGCUUCCUGAGAAAUCUGAAAAUGUGGCGAAACCGGGGACAUGCUGUGCCUCCUGUAAGGAAUUCCAUCAAAUAAAGCAGACGGUUUUACAGCUGAAGCAAAAGGUUGCUUUACUGCCAAAUAAUGCUGCUGACCUUAGCAAGCAAAUCACUGGUGAAAAAGUGCUUGCCUCUAAUGCAUAUAUCCCGGGGCCCCCAGGCCAGCCUGGCCAACCAGGCCCUCCAGGGCCUCCAGGACCUAAAGGGAGUCAAGGAGCUCCUGGACUACCUGGACCUCCUGGACAGCCAGGCCCUCGUGGAUCAAUGGGACCAAUGGGCCCAUCUCCAGACAUAUCUCACAUUAAGCAGGGCAGACGUGGCCCUGUGGGCCCACCUGGCGCCCCAGGGAGAGAUGGUAGCAAGGGGGAGCGAGGAGCACCAGGACCAAAGGGGAUACCUGGCCCACCGGGUUCAUUUGAUUUCCUAUUGCUGAUGAUGGCAGACAUCAGAAACGACAUCGCUGAGCUGCAGGAGAGAGUGUUUGGACACAGGACUCAUUCAUCAACAGAAGAGUUUCCAUUACCUCAGGAAUUCACAAACUACCACGACACAGUAGACUUUGGAUCCGGAGAAGACUACAAACCACGGGCAACAUCCAGAAACACCAGGAUACAGAAGGCAGAUCAACCUUAGCUAUUCCUACUGAAAAACAAAGCCUCUUUAGAAUUAUUCAAUAUUAAAAAAAAUGCACUGACAAUGUAAUAUAUAUAUAUAUAUCUAUGUGUGUGUGUAUAUAUAUAUAUUAUUUCCCAUUUUUCUUUCUGCUUUUCCUGAACCAUGCUGCCUGUACUGUAGCUUUCCUGGUUCAUGGUAGCCUCCUUGCAGAAAUUCCAUACUGCCAAGCCUGCACUGUGCUUUGUACCUAGACUACCAAAAAAACCUUCUUAGCAUAUAGUAUGAUUAAGGCAUGCUCUAGCUAAUAACACAGCCCACAGCAUUCCAUCUGCCUACUUUGCAUUCUAUGUCCAAAUUACCCAGUACACAAAUUUUGCCAGGGACAAAGGGUUAGCUGAACAUCAUCCUUGAAUUAUGUUGAUAAUGAACACCUUGAUCCACAGUUACUUUAUGAAUGCAUAUGAAUUAUACCACUAAACUCAAAUCUCCAGCUACUGUCCCCAGGCUUAGGAGAGUGUGAGAAGUCGACCCCUGUUUCACAGCAGAGGCCAUCUGUAAGUGAGACAUGCCUUCUAUUAUGCCUCAUCUAGGCAGAAAAAGGCAAAAAACAAAAAAAAGUUGAAGGGUUAAACAAGGGUGCUGCUGCUUGAUCAGUAAAUUAUUCGGCUUUGUGUUGCUAGAGUAUUGUUCAAAGACAGUCAAAAUGCAUUUUUUUUACCAUUGUCCCACUGCUCAGUGUGAAGGCCAGAUAGCUUUCUCAACAGAUUAGUGUUGCAUACAUUACACAAAGAUAAUCAAGAUAAAGGGGAUGUUUAAAGCAGGAAACCAAAUCAAAAGUGAAUCAAGCAGGUUUAUUGGCAAGAAUGAAAAUAUAUCCCAGCCUUGCAGAAAGAGUCAGGUUCUGACCUCCUGCAGGUACAUGUCUUCCUUGGUGAAAUUCUGAAGUCUGAGUGAAAUCAAGACCAGAGAAAGGCCUCAUGUUUGCAAAGAGCUUCCACCUGUUUAGUUCCUCUGCUGCAUGAGGCCAGCCUAAAUGGCUUUCACCAAAAUGGAACACAGAGUGGCAGUGUGUUUGGCUGGGUGUAUGAGGAGUGUGAGUAGGUGCAGGAGUGCACAUGACAAAACAUUCAACUGGUACGAGGAUGGCUAAGGUGAGGUACUGCACAUGGGAUCCUAUACUUGUGAAUGGGGAUAAAAGGGGGUGCCCUUUAUUUACACUGGAAAAUUGGAUGCACAAGUUAUACCAUACCUCAUGGAUGAUGUAUGUUGCCAUUUCUUUUGCAUUACUACAGCUGCUGAGGACUUUGCCAUGCUUAGAAUAUAAAGGAGUAUAUUAAGCACAAAAUGUCAAUGUUGCGUCUGUGUAGCUGCUACUUCUACAGUAUGUUUAGUGUUUGGUAGUGUCCAUGUCACAAAUGCAAAGAGAAAAUUGUUACUUUGCCAGUUUUUCAGGGCUUGCAUGUUCUAGUAGAAUAAAUACAGGUAAAAAUAUAAGAAGGGUCUUUUCAGAUAAUACGCAAAUGUUUGGAUUCCAUUCCAUAUUCUCUGGGCCAAAAGACAGCUGGGGUAAUCCUGACAGCAUCAGUGCAGGUCACACUACAUAAACAGCUGGCUGUCCAGACUUUUCCAUAGCUUCUGUGUAUUGCCUUAAGAGGAUGUGUUCAUUCCUGUAGCCAUUUCCCAACGUCUCACUGCCACUAAGCCACAAGCCAGGGCAUUAGCUUUUAAGAACAUGAGUGUUCUGUAUUUCUUUUAUGUUAUAUUCUGUAUCAGUAUUUACCAAGCAAUGCCUAAGUCGUGGGGAUAGCUGAAAAAAUAUUAUAGUGCUUUAACCCUGUGGUCCUUGGGCUUCUCCUCUGUCUGGGAGGAACUCUGCCAGCAGCUGCAGAUCCAAGUAAUCUUGUGAAUCACAUAAUAAGGGAGACUUGAGGAAGGGACCUGUGUCCAAAAGAGGGAUGGUCUUAUAUGCAGCAGGCUGGAAAAUCCUCAAAGAUAGCAUGAACUGAGGCAUUUGUGUCUUAUUGUCUUAAUUUGAAGCAGGCAACUGAGUAUAAAUUACGUCAUUUAUGAAUAUGCAAUUUUAAUUAAGCUUGUUAAAUGUCAAAUGUAUUUUUAAAUCUAGCAAAUUACGGAACCCUUGCAUGUGUUUACCACUGUGCCCUGCUGGAUCAGGCUGGUUCCCACUAGAGAAUUAGUAGCUGCAGGUUUUUGACCAUCAGAUACUGAAUGAUCUACCUUCUGUUAGAUGAGUCACUUCCUACGUACAAACUAAAUACUAUUGCCCACUGCCCACAAGGUGAUGUAUUCUAAAAAAGGCACUUAUUUUAGUUCUGAGUUCUGCUUUUCAGAAUAGAGGCACAUACCAAAUGAGAAGUUCCCACAGUUUGACCAUUAAAUUUCAGGAGAGCUGACAACUGCCCUGCUAUGUAAAAGUGCCUGGGGAAGAGCUAUUCUGACAAUGGACCAGAAAAGCAGAUAAAAUACAUAUUUUGCUGUAAGUACAGCAAGUUGUCCUACAGAUUCCUGAAUAUAAACAUAGCACAUGUUUAAACAUACAUGCCUUUCUGAAUGGAAACCUCAAUGACUUCCUUUUCUGGAGCUGGCAUCAUUGACUUUCACAGUACUUAAAAAAAGAAAGGUGACAGAAUGUGUUCCUUGGGUUUGCCCUUGUCGUUACCCUCCUCUGCCCAGAUUUCCUGCCUCAAAACUGUUUGAGUCCCAGCAGCAAGGGGGGAACACUGUGGCAAAGACCACUGGACAUGACACAGGAAUUCCUGCAGCAGGGAGAGUCCCUCUGAGCAGAGCUGGCUGGGAAGGGUCAGCCUUCUGACCCAGCUGAGAUCUUUGCAUGGAACUUUCUCAUUUCUGAUUACCUGUGUGGUAACUCAUAAAACAUUGUAUCAGCAACAUUUCAUUCAGAUUUUGGGGUAAACACAUAAAGGUUCAGGAAAGUGUAAUUUUCUUCAGCAUACCGAAUGUUUCAUAAAGCCAGAGCAGAGGAAUCAAUUCCAAUCUUAAGUUUUGUUACUGGUAUCCAGACAAGUCAUUACCUUGCAAAUUAUUUAUUACUCUGUGGCUCCAAAAAUAAACUCUCCCAAGAAUCCAAAACAAGAAAGUAAACUUACUACACUCAUGGCUAGUCUCAUUACCAGGCUUAUGCACAUGACAACUUUGUUUCAUAUAAAUGGUAUGUAUAAUUUUAUUAGAAAGAAAUAUUAUUUUGAUGUUAAGACAUCAAAUUAUAAGCAGAAGGAUAAUAAAAAUUGUUAUUUUAUUAAUAUUAGAAAUAUAUUUAAUGGGAACAUUUGCAAGAGUGGGUAGUGAUAAGAAAAUUCUGAAUGUUAAUGGGUUUAACAAAAUCAUGAAUCUUGAAAAAUGUUUUCUUUUCAAUACUGUGCCAAGUACAUAAAGGUUUAGUCUUUCUUGCAGAGCUGUAGUUCUGACACACAAUAAUUCCUAUAUAGUCAGGCUAAAUAAGAAAAGGAGAGGAAAAUUGAUUGUAAAUGGAAUUAGGAUGGUGCCUGGAGUUGCUGUUAGCAUCACAGCUUGCCUAGCCUUCUGCCUAGAAGUAUUUCAGAGUUAAUGUACCAAGUCCCAGAGCAGGUGGGGGUGGGGUCCAAUUCUCUGUUAAUUUCACACUUUAAAAAAUCCAUAUGUUUGUUCCUUUUACACAUUCCAAUAACUAUACUGUUCACUUUAUUUAUAUAUAAAAUACUAAAGUGUGUAUAAGAUGACUGUGAUUUUAUGAUGUAUUCAUGAUAACAAAGAUAUUUUUUCUUACA